UCGCUUUUUUGUGAACAUGUUAUAUGCUCGCAUUUGCACGUUAAUGAAUCGCUCGUAGCCGGAUUGGUCAAUUGGCCAGAGCGUAAUCGAAAAGCUGCCAUCCAGUUUGAUUUAACGAAUGUGUGCGAUUUGAUGCGUGGAAACAUCAAGGAAUCCUAUUUCGAAAAAACGUUCCACAACCGCAAAACUAUAAAGAUAAACUAUGAAACCAGGAUGAAAACGAGUAUUUUCUCACCGAUGCUAUACUUACCGAAUGUCGAUGGUGCGAACAAGAAGCUGGAAGAUGCUUGUGUGCAGUUUCUUGAAGACGUCAAACAGGAUCAUCAGAUCGUGCCCGAACUCGAAACCCUCCUACAUGAUCCUGAAGUAUUUACGCACAUCUAUUUUAUGCACUGCGUUUUGCCAGACAUCGAAUAUUUUGAGGAUAUAAUGGAAGUGAUUGGUGCAUCUCGUUCUCACAAUAUCUCACCGUUGACCAGAGAAAUUGAACGAUAUAUUUGUCGAACGAUUACAAAAUCUAACGAAGAUUUGACGUUCGUCAAGAAGAUGUUAUUGAUAGCCGAAGCGAAUGAAUUACCCGUACUGAAAAUGAUGUGUUCUGGUAUAAUCGCCGACAGUAUCGUUGACGAGUGUGGCGGUGUUGGUAUCCACGAUGAGCCAGCGACCACAGCACAAAUUAAUGCAAUCUCGCAAGAAAUGCGAGAAAUCGCACAGCAAAUAUCAUUCAUCGAACCAGAAAGUGCAGCGGCAGAAGAUGAGGAUAACGAUAUGCUGGUGAAUACUCUUGUGCAAGAACUGAAAUCAUUAGCGAGGAGUAUGCGACGCGUUUCCGUUUCGAAAUCGAUAAAAAGUUCAAAUUCUUCUCGAUCCACUUCGCCAUGCGGAUGCAACGAAUCAACAGCAACAGCCAACGAGCAACCAGCUCCAAUGGCAACCGCCACUUAG